AACUAUUCCUCCUCCCUUCUCCCUUAUUCACACACACACCAUGAGGAGAUCACCACCACUCUUCUCCCUCCUCCUCCUCAUACUCAUCCUCACCACCACCGCCACCAUUCGCGCCGUCCCGCCACCGAUGCAAAAAUUCGAUCCCCGCGACAACUACCUCCUCGACUGCGGUGCACCCUCGAACACGCAGCUCGACGACGGCCGCACUUUCCGGUCCGACCCCGACUCCUCCUCCUUCCUCUCCACCCCCGUCGACGUCAAAAUCGCCGCCGACAAACCCCCUACUACUGCCGCCGCCUCCCCCCCGCUCCCCCCGAUCUACCUCACCGCCCGCGUCUUCUCCGACCGGUCCACCUACAGCUUCUUCAUCGCGCAGCCCGGUCGCCAUUGGAUCCGGCUCCAUUUCUUUCCGUUUCAGAAUCCCAACUACAACCUCUCUUCCGCUGUUUUCUCAGUCACCACCGACGACUUCGUCCUCCUCCACGACUUCUCGUUCCAAACCUCCGCCGCCCCGUCCCCCGUCCUGAAAGAAUAUCUAGUGACGGUAGAAGGAAGCAGCUUGAACCUCUUCUUCGACCCGAAGAAGGGCUCCAACGCAUUCGUCAACGCUGUCGAGGUCGUCUCGGCCCCCCCGAAUCUCCUCCCGAACACUACCACCGGCUUGGCGGCAUCUCCUGGACGCGGAAAUGUCGACGUUUCGAACAACGCCCUCCAGGUGAUGUACCGGCUGAACGUCGGCGGGCCGCUGAUCGUGCCGCUCAACGACACGCUGGCGAGAACGUGGAUUCCGGACGCCGCGUUCUUGACUCUGGCGGCUGCCGCCGAAGACGCCCGCGUGCCGCCCGGCACGAUAAAAUACCCCGACGACAGCUCGCUCACGCCGCUCACCGCGCCGGCCAUGGUCUACGCGACGGCGCAGCAGAUGGCGCAGUCGAACACCACCGCCGCCAAUUUUAACAUAACGUGGGAGAUGGCGGCGGAGCCCGGGUUCUCCUACCUCGUCCGGCUCCAUUUCUGCGAUAUCGUGAGCAAAACACUGAACAGCCUCUACUUCAACGUGUACCUUAAUGGCCUAACGGGCGUCGCGAACCUCGACCUCUCGAGCUUGACGAUGGGCCUCGCCGUGGCCUACUAUACGGACUUCGUGCUCGACUCGUCGGCGAUCGUCAACUCCACCAUUAUGGUCCAGGUGGGGCCGUCCCCCGGUUCGGAUUCCGGCAACCCGAAUGCGAUUCUCAACGGCAUCGAGGUGAUGAAGAUGAGCAACGGCGCCGGCAGCCUCGACGGCCUCUACUCGGUCAAUGGUAAAAUUCCAGGGGCUACAGCGAGCGUCGGGAAGAUGAUUUUAUCGGGCGUCGGGCUCGCGAUGGCGGUGAUCGCCAUGGCGGUCGCGGUCGUCGCGUUCUGCCGCUGGAGAUGCCGGCCGCACGGCUACCAGCAGAAGAGCAACAACAGCUUCACGUCUUGGCUUCUCCCGAUCAACGCCAGCCAAUCAAGUUUUCUCAGUGGGUACAGCAAGAGAAGCUGCUCUAGGAGCCGGUUUGGUUCUGCAGUGUCGCGGAGCAAGAGCGGCUUCUCCGGGCUCUUCGCGUCGAGCACGUACGGUGUCGGUCGCUACUUCACCUUCGCCGAGAUGCAGAAGGCCACCAAGAACUUCGACGAGAAGGCCGUGAUUGGCGUCGGCGGCUUCGGGAAGGUCUACCUCGGCAUGCUCGACGACGGGACCAAAUUGGCGAUCAAAAGAGGGAACCCGUCGUCGCAGCAAGGGAUCAACGAGUUCCUCACGGAGAUCCAGAUGCUGUCGAAGCUCCGCCACCGCCACCUCGUGUCGCUUAUCGGGUGCUGCGACGAGAACAGCGAGAUGAUCUUGGUGUACGAGUACAUGGCCAACGGGCCGCUCCGCGACCACCUCUACGGCGCCGACCAGCACCCGCUUUCGUGGAAGCAGCGGCUGGAGAUCUGCAUCGGGUCGGCGAAGGGGCUGCAUUACCUCCACACCGGCGCGGCGCAGGGGAUCAUCCACCGCGACGUGAAGACGACCAACAUCCUCCUCGACGACAAUUUGGUGGCCAAAGUCGCUGACUUCGGCCUCUCGAAGGCGGCGCCUACUCUCGAACACACCCACGUGAGCACCGCCGUCAAGGGCAGCUUCGGGUACCUCGACCCCGAAUACUUUCGGCGGCAGCAGCUGACGGAGAAGUCGGACGUGUACUCGUUUGGAGUGGUGCUUUUCGAGGUGCUCUGCACGAGGCCCGCGAUCAACCCGGCGCUGCCGCGGGAGCAGGUGAACCUCGCCGACUGGGCGCUGCAGUGGCACCGGAAGGGCCAGCUCGACAAGAUCAUCGACCCGCAGAUCGCGGGAGCGAUAAAGCCGGUGUCGCUGAGCAAGUACGUCGAGGCGGCGGAGAAGUGCCUCGCCGACUACGGUGUCGAUCGGCCGUCGAUGGGGGACGUGCUGUGGAAACUCGAGUGCGCGCUGCAGCUGCAGGAGAAAGAAGAGGCGAUGGCGGCGUCCUCCGGAAGUGAGCCGUCGGAGAGCAAUGCGAAGGAGAUUCCGAUGACGAGCUUAAGUGGUCAUCGUAAUGCCGAGAUCGGCGGAGCCGCCGCAGGUACCACCUUCGUCAGCGGCGAUUCUGGAACCACAGUUCCGUCGCCGGUGGUCCAGGGGAGGUGA